CUGACCGCUUCACGUGCAGGUGAGGGAACCGAGACGAGUAACCAUUUCGGAUGACUUGCGUUAUUGGGGAAUGGUAGCGAGAAAAAGGGACGUCACGUCAGAAAACUCCACCCGCAUUCUUACCCGCUCCUUUGUACGACUCUGUGUCUCACCGAGGGGGUGGUGACCCACCAGCUAUGUUCCUCAAUCGCCGUCGUGAAUCUUUCGUGUCUCCUCUCUUUCCUGUAUCCAUGUCCUCACCGGAAGCGAGCGAGAUCUCGUGGGGAGGAGAAAAAAUCUCCGGGAAUUCCUCCCGCCUUGCCAUUGUAUCGGUUCAUCAUCAUCAUCAUCGCCUUCCAUUUUUAGGGUGGAAGACCAGCUUGGUCUCCUUCCUGCGUCGCCUCCCGAUCGAACAUCUCCCCGGUUCCAACCUGGUCUCUGCCUGCUUUCCUAGGUGCAAAUCCGAUGGCCUAUUUUGAAAUCACCCCAAGUUAGGUUUUUGCAAUCCGAGCACUUGGAGCCCUCCUUUUUUUUUUUAUUCCGGUUCGAUUUGGGGAUUCUGAAUCGGCGUCGUAGUGUCGGGACUCUUGGAAGGCAGGGGAGUAUGGGCGUCGCGGGGCUCCUCUGAUUUCGUUCGAGGCGUCGAAGGGUCCGCAGCCAUGCCGACAUUCACUGCGAUCGCCUUGGAUAGACUUUUGGAGCCUGGGUCUGGAAUGCCUAUGUCACCAAAGCCACCUCCGGUGCCGAUCAAGAUGGUGAAGGGGGCACAAGAAGCAACGACCCGCAGGAGCAAUCCUCGACCCAACAUCCGCCCUGCUCUUUAUGCCACCCCGGAGACCACCCCGAUCCCUGACGCCCCUUGGUGGUUUCCUCCACACUCGCCAUACCUCAUUAACCAUAAGAGACGUGGGCGUCGCCUCGUCAAGAGCGUCUUGCAGGGCCAAGCUUGUUCCACAGGACCAAAGCCACCCGAUGAGGAGCAGAAGAUUGAAGUGAUGAAUGGAAAUGGGCAUGACGAGGAGGUGCAGAAAGCUGGUCAUGGACAGGGUAGCCGGGGUGGUUCUGUUGUGGAUGAAUCUGGUGGAGGCGAGCUGCAAGAUGAACAUUUGGGUAAAGGGGUGAUCGCAACCGAGGAAAUGGCAAAGCCUCUGUCUGAAGACCCCGAAAGAGAUGACGACACAGAGAACUUCUUUGAUCUGCAGGACUCGCUGAGCACUGCCAGUAACUCCGAGGCCGAUGAUACCUGUGGUCGGUGGAAACCAAUUACCCCAUUGGGAGAGUAUUAUGAUGCCUUUGACGAUAUUCUUAGUGAUGGUUCUGCACGAUCUUCCUAUCCAAAUGUUGAAGAUGAACUGCGUGAAAUGAGGCUAAAUGUGUUGAUGGAGAUAGAGAAGCGGACACAAGCCGAAGAAGCACUAGCGAACCUGCAAAACCAAUGGCAGCGACUGAGUCAUCGACUGUCGCUUGUUGGCUUGAAGCUUCCAACUCCUCCAACCGUUCCUGAGGCUGUGGAUGUGCCUGCAAACUUGCAUCCUGCAGAGGAAUUGUACCAACAGGUUGUUGUUGCACGCUUUGUAGCCGACGCUGUAGGGAGGGGUUGUGCCCGUGCCAAGGUUCAGCUAGAGAUGGAAACCCAAAUUGCAUCAAAGAACUUUGAGAUCGCUAGGUUAUCGGAUCGGCUCCAGUAUUACGAAGCUGCAAAUAAAGAAAUGUCUCAAAGAAAUCAAGAGGCCAUUGAAAUGGCACGACGACAACGCAACUGGCGUAAGAGGAGGCAAAGAUGGUUUUGGGGCUCAAUUGGUGUUGCCAUUACACUCGGUGGCGCUGCCAUUGCGUGGUCUUAUCUUCCAGUAUCAAUAUCGAAACCAACUCCCUCCGAAGUUGAUACCACAAGCAGUCAUGAACAAUGAAGGAAAAACAGAUGGCAAUAAUCAGCUUGUUUGUUUUACCCAGAGUUAUAUUUCUUCUAACAAAAUUUUACCAGAUCCUGAGUUUUGUCCGACGUCGGCCUGCAGUUUUGAAUUAUUUGUUUAAUAUGUUUGCCCUGUAUGGUUGGUUUGAGUGGGCAAUUUCCAUUGCAGUUCUUGCUGAGUUCUGAAAUGCAAGUGUUGUCUACUGUGCGGCUGAACUCGCGUUAUAAAUAAUAAACAGCGUGGGAGAUCGUUUUGAAUA